UCAAAGUUUAUUAGUCUCGUGGCUUCAUUGUGUUCGCACGUGUAGAUCAGAUGGUUUAAGUAAAAUAAAUUGUAUUUUCGAAAAAAUCAUCAUGCAGAUUAAUUUAAACACGCCAAAUCUUUUUGAAAUUAUAGUGGGUACUUAUGAGCAGUAUUUACUUGGAUAUAAAUUCACCAAUAUCGUUAAUGAAUAUAAACUUGAGAAAAGUUUUGCCACGCAUAGUCAUUUGGGUAGCAUAAGAAGUGUUGCUAGUAAUAAAUAUUAUUUAGCAUCAGCAGGCGCAGAUGAAACAAUCUGUUUAUAUGAUUUGCGCAAUAGAAUAGAAUCUGGGAAAUUGAUGCAUCAUAAUGAUACUGUCAACAAUGUUACUUUUACAUCAGAAGCAUCACAUCUAUUUUCCUGUAGUAAGGAUGGAACAAUAGCUGCUGUUAGAUGCGGAAAUUGGCAAAUGCAGAAACAUUGGAUGAAACCACAUAAAGGUUUAUCUGUUCAUACUUUAGCUAUACAUCCAACAGGGAAAUUAGCUUUAUCGACAGGAGCAGAUGGUAUUCUUAGAACCUGGAACUUAGUUAAAGGAAGACAAGCGUAUGCUACAAAUUUGGUACCGCGUUUAAAAUCUGAUGCUAAAGACAUCACAGUUUUAAAGUGGAGUCCAAACGGUGAAAAAUAUCUUCUAGCAGCUAAUCAACAGAUCGACAUAUUCUCAGUACAGUUAGCAGGUAUCGACCAGGAAGUACAAUUAGAUUCUAAAGUGGUAUGCGUCGAAUUUUUAAAAGAUGACUUAAUUGCUGUCGGUUUAGAAAAUGGUCAUAUUAAAUUUUAUGAUCUUGAAAAAUUAGCUUAUACUUUAAAUAUAUUAGCGCACGAUAUUAGGAUUAAAUGUAUGGCAUACAAAGACGAUUUGUUGGUAACCGCUUCUAGUAACGGGGAAAUUAAACUGUGGAGAUUUACCAGAAAUAAAGUCGAUAUGUUACAGAGUAUUAAUUGCGGUGCUAGAAUUACCUGUCUUACAUUGGCAGAGUUGUAUCAAAAUGUAGUUCAUAAAAAAGAAACAGAUUUGAACAUGGAAGAGAAAGUAAAAAACAAAAAUAAAUUUAGAUUAAAACAGGAAGUUAUUGUAGAAGAUAAUAAUGAUGAUGAUGAUGAUGAUGAUAAUAGUCAUGAUGAUGAAGAUGAUGACGAUGAUUGGGAAGUAACAUCUGUUGAUAAUUCUAAUAUUAAUCUAAGCAUAAAGUCAAAGAAUAAUUCGACAAGUGCAGAAUGGAUAGAAACAGAUGCUAAUUCAUCGGGAAAAUUAAAUACAAAUGGACAAUUAAGUAAAAAUAAUCAACGAAAUAAACGAAGUAUUGACUCAAUAGAAAACUUUUCCCCUUCGCCAAAGAAGAAAACUUUAAAUGAAGAUAGAAAUAAUAAUAGUAAUAGUAGUAGUAAUAGUAAUAAUAAUAGUAAUAGUAAUAAGAAGAAGGAUGUACAUAUUAAGAAAAGAAAAGUAGAAGAAACUGAGCAAGAUGUUAGUAAGACAUCUUUUAUAAAGAGAAAAAAGACUAUUAAGACGGACACAGAAUCUGAUAGUAAAGUUCAAAAAAAGAAGAAGAAAAAUUGGUUAGAAGAAAGCAGUAAAAAAGUAAGUAAAAAAAUAAAAGAGGAGGAACGCCCUGUACCGUCAAAAAAUAUUGCAAAAAAAGAUACAGAAUCCGUUAAGAAACGGGAAAAGUGGAAAAUUGAGUCGUUAAAGGUAGAAGAAAAGAAUAAAAAAAUUAGUAAAAAAAGGAAAACUAUAGAAGACGAAUGUUUUGUAUCGUCGAAUAAGACGAAAAAAAAAAAGCAGUAACUUGUAGAAGUUAACUUAUUUU